AUGGAUUUCACUGAAAUGGAACGUGCCGUUUACGGCGGCAAUGUGGAAGAGGACGAAGAACUGCUCGCUGAACUAUUAGCUUUGCAGCGGGAGGAGGAAGCAAAACAAAAGCGUAGCACUGCUUCUGCUCCUGCCACAAGAUCUGCACCGCAUCCUCCAGUGAAAGCCAGAAGUGGCGCAGCGCUUGGAGUGGACCCAGCGAUGUUAGCUGCUGCUCUGGCUGAUGAUGUUGAGGUUGACGAAAGUGCGCUUGAAAAUGACUCAGAUUUGUUGGAAGAGCUAUCUGGCCUUAUUGGGAGCAGCGAAUGUGCACCUGCUCCUUCAACGGCACCAGUGGUUCCUCCAACUGCAGCUGCUGUGCAAGAUAGCGCUUUGGUUUCAAGGCUUUGUGGAUUGUUAGCAGUUUAUGAGAAAAUGUUACUUUCUAGCAGCAACGAAGGGAAUUCGGCUAAACAGAGGAGGCACCAGCGAUCUGUGGAUAAGUUGAAAGAGUUGGUUUCUAAAGCAGAACGUGGUGGUGUUAUUGAUGAAACAGAAAUUCCACCAGCUCCUCCGUCUUUCGCCCCAAGUGAUGUAGCUGCAACUCCUCCUAUCCCAUCCGCUCCACCUCCUCCCAUUCCCAAGAGAACCACUUCAUCACAACCUGCUGCAUCGGGAUCUCAGCUACAACCACCACCACUCCCUCAGCGUUCUUCUUCUGCGUCUAUUUCAUCGGAGCCUGCGAAGGACGGUGCAGAUACGAAGAAGCAACAGAUCUUAUCGGUCUUGAGAAGGCGAAGGGACGCCUACGUCGCUAACGGAAAGGCUGCUGUCACUGCUAUGGACAAAACUGCUGCGAAAAAAUACGUCGAAACCGCCAAAUUGUUUGAUCAGGCACUGGCUGCUCUGGAUUCGGCUGACGUUGAUGAGCUGGAUUUAUCCGAAGUCCCUCCCUCACCUCCUCCGUACCAUAAGAUUGCAGCAACGACAACUGUGGAGAAGCCGAAGCCCACCACUUUUGUUGGCGGUCUUCAAAGUCGAAUGGAGCGAUUUCAAGCACUUGCGCAGAAGGCUAAACAUGAGGGGAACGAUAGAAAGGCCAGGAUGAACGCACGGAUGGUUGAACAAUAUGCAGCUGCCAUUCGCGAUGCAAAAGCUGGACGUCCAGUUGCGGUCGCCGAUCUUCCUUCCCUUCCUGAUAUGCCGCCAUUACCUCCACAAAACCCUACAACAGCACCGAAGGGGCCAGCUCCAGGAAUACGUCCUCCGCCUGCUGUAGGACCACUAGCUCCUUCUGGACAGCCUGGGAAGUCCAGGAAUUCCUCUCAGCUUGAAUUUCUCAUUGAGCGCCAAAAUGAGUUCAGACAUGCUGCAAUGCAAGCAAAAGCGAGAGGAAAUAUAGAAUUGGCUAAAAAAUACUUGUUAGAAUCUAAGGGUUUUGAUAAGAUGAUUGCCGCAGCUAGAUCCGGUUUACCAGUUUCGAUCAAAUCCACUCCAAUUCCUCCGCAAGCAACAACGUCGCAUGCUACUCUUCAACCUAAAAUUGUUCCUUCAGUGACAAGCAUGACCGGAAUCGAAGGUCGUGGUGAGACUCUAUCAAUGAUGGAGAAAGCAUUAAUCGAACAAGUACAGCUAGCUGAAAAUAGUCGCAUGCGUUUUACUCGACUGGGAGAUGUCGGGAAGGUGAAACUUUUCGAAGACUGGGCAAAAGCAGCCAAGCAGGAUCUUCUGCUUGUUCGUGAAGUAGCAAAGCAGGGACUAAACUUGCCAAAAUUCCAUUACGAAAUGCGGCACAUUCCGUCUGCUGAUCUCUUUCCUGAUCUCGCUGAAGAUGUAUUAGAACUUUCGAUCGUUCGAUGUCGAGAUGUUCCACUUCCUUCUGGAUAUGAAGCGGCUGACGCUAAUUUGUUCGUAAAAUUUGUAUUUCCAUAUCCUUCGGAAGCAAAUCAAACUGGAAAGACCAAACAUGUUACGGGUACCCAGAGUCCUGAGUUCGAUGAACUUGUCAUCCUACAGAUUGGCUCCAAGAAAUCGAGAGGACACAAGCUUCUACGCGUGCUAAAGCGAAUGCCGCUGAAACUCGAGGUUUAUCAAAAAGGAAGUUUCCUAAGGAGUGACAAACUUCUUGGUACAUGCGAAUGGAAGUUGGAGCGAUUGGAAUCAAAUGCUCUGUUAGAAGAGUCACUGCCAUUGAAGGAAGGCCGCAAAGCCGUUGGAGGCCUUCUCACUCUGAAGAUUCGAAUAAGAGAGCCACUUGGCGACGCCAAACUCACUACAGCACAACAUCGAUGGCUUGUCCUCGAUAAUUAG